CUAGGACCACAUGCGAGCCCCCCUAUGGCCGAUUUAAAAUUAAUUUUAAUAGCAGGAAUUUUCGUGGAUCCAGUCAUCAACAGACUUUCCCUCUGCCGGGGCACGAUGUGUUUCCAGAUAGCUGAGUUGCUCUAGUCGCCACGGCAGGUCUCGCCUCCAAAACGGGACGAUCCGGGAGCUAGGCGGAGGGAAGCGCAGGCCCCGCCCAAUCCCAUCCUGGCCUGGCCUCGCCUCGCCUCUCAGCUGCGCGCGCAGUUUCCUGGAGACCCGGAAGCAGAUUACGUGGAGUGACGGUCAUGCUGCGGCGUGGACACUUGACAUUCAGGGAUGUGGCCAUAGAAUUCUCUCAGGAGGAGGGGAAAUGCCUGGACCCUGCUCAGAGGACUCUAUACAGGGAUGUGAUGUUGGAGAAUUAUAGGAACCUGGUCUUCCUGGGAAUCUGUCUUCCUGACCUGAGUGUUAUCUCCAUGUUGGAGCAAAGGAGAGAUCCCCAGAAUCUGCAGAGUGAAGUGAAAAUAGCAAACAAUCAAGGUGGCAGGGAGUGCAUCAAAGUUGUGAACACAGAGAGCAGCUCUAAAUUGGGAAGCAGUGCAGGAAACAAGUCUCUUAAAAAUCAACUUGGAUUAACCUUUCAGUUACAUCUGAGUGAACUGCAGCUAUUUCAAGCUGAAAGGAAUAUUUCUGGAUGUAAACAUGUCGAAAAACCUAUCAACAAUUCCUUAGUUUCACCACUUCAAAAAAUUUAUUCUAGUGUCAAAUCCCACAUUUUAAAUAAAUAUAGAAAUGAUUUUGAUGAUUCUCCAUUUCUCCCACAAGAACAAAAAGCACAAAUUAGGGAAAAACCUUGUGAAUGUAAUGAGCAUGGCAAAGUCUUUAGAGUGUCUUCAAGCCUUGCUAACCAUCAAGUAAUCCACACUGCAGAUAAUCCUUACAAAUGUAAUGAAUGUGACAAGGUCUUUAGUAACAGUUCAAACCUUGUGCAACAUCAAAGAAUUCAUACUGGAGAGAAGCCUUACAAGUGUCAUGAAUGUGGCAAGCUCUUCAAUCGAAUUUCACUCCUUGCACGACAUCAGAGAAUCCAUACUGGAGAGAAACCUUACAAAUGUAAUGAGUGUGGCAAAGUCUUCCCUCAAAAUUCUCACCUUGCAAAUCAUCACAGAAUCCACACUGGAGAGAAACCUUACAGAUGUAAUGAGUGUGGCAAGGUCUUCAAUAGAAAUGCACACCUUGCACGACAUCAGAAAAUUCAUAGUGGAGAGAAACCUUACAAAUGUAAGGAACGUGGCAAAGCAUUUUCAGGGUGUUCAGGCCUUACCGCUCAUCUUGUAAUUCACACUGGAGAGAAACUUUACAAAUGUAUUAAAUGUGGCAAGGUCUUCAAUCGAAAUGCACACCUUACCAGACAUCAAAGAAUCCAUACUGGAGAGAAACCUUAUGAAUGUAAAGAAUGUGCCAAGGUCUUCAGGCACAAGUUUUGUCUAACCAAUCAUCAUAGAAUGCACACGGGAGAGCAGCCUUACAAAUAUAAUGAAUGUGGCAAAGUCUUCAGUUACAAUUCACACCUUGCACAACAUCAGAGAAUACAUACUGGAGAGAAACCUUACAAAUGCAGUGAAUGUGGCAAGGUAUUUAGUCGACUUUCAUGCCUUAUGCAUCAAAGAGUUCAUACUGGAGAGAAGCCUUACAAAUGUAAUGAAUGUGGCAAAGCAUUUAGAGACUGUUCAGGCCUUACUGCCCAUCUACUAAUUCAUACUGGAGAGAAACCUUACAAAUGUAAAGAAUGUGCCAAGGUCUUCAGGCAUAGAUUAUCCCUAAGCAAUCAUCAGAGAUUUCAUACCGGAGAGAAACCUUACAGAUGUAAUGAAUGUGGUAAGGACUUCACUCGAAAUUCAAACCGUGCAAAUCAUCACAGAAUCCAUACUGGAGAGAAACCUUACAAAUGUAGUGAAUGUGACAAAGUCUUUAGUCACAGUUCACACCUUGCAUGACAUAGGCAAAUUCAUACUGGA